AGCAAACUAGCAACCCAUGAUUUGCGCAGUUUCUUUCUCUGUUUGCAGUGGCAUGAUUGUCGAGUCGUCGCAAUCAGGCAAAGGAAGGGAAAGGGCGAGCUGCAAAGCCCACGCAGGCAGGAGGCCAAGAGCAGAAGAGAAAGGGCCGGAUCCACCCGACCCACCACCACCUACCCCAAACGGAAGCCCACGUCCCCACACGGAACGGCGAGGAGAGGGGAGGGAGGUAGGGCGUGCGCCUUCGCGACGCGGCCGGCGGAGGGAGGGAUGUGCGAGGGGAGGCGGCCGGCGUGGGCGUGGGCGGCGGCGGCGGAGCUGCGGCGGAGGGAGGCGGCGGCGGACGCGCAGCUGGCGGCGGCGCGGGCGCGCCUCGCGGAGGCGCUGGCGGAGCUGGAGCGGGCGCGGGCGCGCGCCGCCGAGCUGCAGCGCCGCCUCGAGCAGACCUACGGCAAGCGCCGCCGCCUCGUCGAGAAGGCCCGCGGCCGGAUCCACGAGAUCCGCGCGCGCCUCCACGAGCGCGAGCAGCCGCCGCCGCCCCCCGCGGAGCCCGAGCCCGAUCGCUCCGCCGCCACUUCCUCCUCGUCUUCCUAGGGCAAGCUGCUGUCGAUGAUGCCUGUUUGUUGCUACCGCUUCUCUUUUCAGAACUUCACAUUGGGAGCUGCAACUGCAACUAGCUAGUUAUUAGGCUAUGUAUGUAAUAUACUAGUGUCAGUGAUCGGAAACUUGCUCAACUAUUGAAUCGGAUUGGGAAUUAGUGGUAGAAACAUUCUAAUGCUACAAGAAAUUGAGCUCAGGUCCUCGUUGACCAUCUCUCUGCAGAAGCUCAGUUCUUUUCCUGUUUAACUAACGUUUAGUUCUUUUUGUGAUGGGGUUUCCGUGUGGAGAAUUCCCAUUGCUGGCGGCUGGUGAUUACUUUGUC